UAAUUAUCAUUCCUAAUUAGAGCCGCCAUUAUUCUCCCCUGAAACCCUCACUGUCACACACACACAGUAGUGUGAGCGAGCAGCCAUGAACGUAACAUCUCUUCGGCUAAUAAACCCAAAUCCGGGCCCCACCACUUAUUCUAGUGGUGGUCCACGUAAUGGCACCACAUCACUCUGCCACUUUUCUUUCCAACGAAACAACAAACAUCACUUGAAGAAGAAACACGUGGGCCCUAUUGCGUGUUCGCUCACCGUUGAGAAACAAACGAGUCAAACUCCGAGUCGAAUCGGUGAACUGGGUCAAGUUUCGGGCGUGUUGGGGUGUCAAUGGGGUGAUGAAGGUAAAGGCAAAUUGGUUGAUAUUUUAGCUAAACAUUUCGAUAUCGUUGCUCGCUGUCAGGGUGGAGCAAAUGCUGGGCACACUAUCUACAAUUCUGAAGGCAAGAAGUUUGCACUUCAUCUGGUUCCCUCAGGGAUUCUCAAUGAGGAAACUAUAUGUGUUGUGGGAAAUGGUGUCGUGAUUCAUCUUCCCGGGUUCUUCAAAGAAAUUGAUGGCCUUGAAUCAAAUGGGAUUUCUUGCAAUGGAAGAAUUUUAGUUUCUGACCGGGCUCAUUUAUUAUUUGAUUUUCAUCAAGAAGUAGACGGGCUCAGAGAAGCUGAAUUAGCCAAAUCUUUUAUUGGAACAACUAAAAGAGGAAUUGGACCAUGUUACUCUAGCAAAGUGAUUAGAAAUGGUAUAAGAGUAAGUGACUUAAGGCAUAUGGAUACUUUCCCUCAAAAGCUUGAUCUUUUGCUAUCAGAUGCAGCUUCAAGGUUUAAAGAUUUUAAGUAUACUCCUGAUAUGCUUCGGGAAGAAGUUGAAAGGUAUAAAAGAUUUGCUGAGAGGCUGGAACCGUUUAUUUGUGAUACAGUUCAUUUCAUGAAUGACUCAAUAUCACAGAAAAAGAAGAUUUUGGUGGAAGGUGGUCAAGCAACUAUGUUGGAUAUUGAUUUUGGGACGUACCCUUUUGUAACUUCAUCCAGUCCAUCGGCUGGUGGAAUCUGCACUGGUUUAGGGAUUGCUCCCAGAGUCCUUGGAGACAUCAUUGGAGUGGUUAAAGCAUACACCACUAGAGUUGGAUCUGGACCUUUCCCAACAGAAUUAAUGGAUAAAGCUGGUGAUCUGCUGCGGUUUUCUGGUCAAGAAUUUGGCACUACCACUGGUCGUCCUCGUAGAUGUGGUUGGCUCGAUAUAGUUGCUCUUAAAUAUGUUUGUCAGAUAAAUGGAUUUUCUUCCCUCAAUCUUACCAAGCUUGAUGUUUUGUCCGAUCUUCCUGAGAUUCAGUUGGGGGUGUCUUACAAAAAUUCCGAUGGUACCCCCAUCAAUUCUUUCCCUGCUGAUUUACAUGUUCUAGAGCAGUCAAAGGUGGAAUAUGAAAGUAUGCCUGGGUGGAAGACUGAUAUAUCUUCUAUAAGAAACUACUCUGAUCUGCCAAAGACUGCACGCCAGUACGUUGAAAGAAUAGAAGAACUGGUUGGCGUGCCAAUCCACUACAUUGGUGUUGGUCCCGGACGUGAUGCUCUAAUAUAUAAAUGAUAACGUUAUGGAGAUAUUUAGCAUUUCUUCAAGCUCAUUGGUGAGAUUGAAACAUUAGUUGCUCUUUUAAGGGCGCACAAGUUCUCGGCACAAGUUGUGUGUUUUCUGGAACAUACAAUUUCGCCUUGCGCUUUGUAACGUAUUUUGAGGCAUUCUCUAAAAGAUGUAUCAAGAAUUUAUUUGGCCCAUAAUGUGGGAAAGAUGGGAUGAUCAUUUUUUUUAGAAGAAAAUAAUGCAGUGUCAUUAACCAAA